UUCCUUUACCAAAUUGGUGUUCCUGUUUAUCAAAUCCAAAAGAAUAAAUAAAUUCCUUAGACAGCAUUUUUCUCCAUUUCCAAAUUCAAGAAGAAAUACAUACUCCUAGAAUGGAGUCUCUUUUUGCUCAAUUCGCCAUUCUUUCAGAGCAGGCUCUGUGUGACAAGAACUUCGAUCCUUACGCUAUAGAAGAUGAUCUGAUGAAGCUGUUUGAAGUGGAGGCUUACAAGGCUUGGGCAGCGAUGGAAUUGGAUCAAGAAAAACAAGUCGAAGAAGCUGAGAAUUACAUGAAAGAAGCAGAGGAUCAUCUUAACACUGCAAUGGAAGAUGCCAUGGAUGAAUUCCGCCGAUUCGAAGAGGAAAUGAAUCAGAUGGUUAAAUCUGAGUAUGAUAGCCUUGUAGGUGUUGCUGAAAGAGCUAGAAAUAUGGGGAAACUUAUGGAGAAAGUGGCUACAACUGCUGCAAAAAAGUAUAUUGAAAGUGCUGUUAACUCUGCUGCUGCUUCAAUGAAAUCUGCUAUUAAAGCAAUUUCUUCUCACUCCAACAAGGUUCAUCCUUCUUAACACAUGUUUCCACUAAUUAUCCAUUGCUUCAAUUUGGACUACUGGGUUGGAUUAUAAAUGCAUAAAUAAGUAUUGGAACAAAUUUUCUUUA